AUGAAAGAAGAUAUCUCUGUAGUUGGAGUACGAGAAGGAAAAAAACAAAACAACAAACUCAAAAAAAAUCUCUUGUCAUUGGUAAUGUCAGAAUCAUCAUUGCUUCAACAAUUUGUAAGAGCAAGGAUAACUCAACAACCUCUCGUUCACUUGCUCAUUAUCAGUUCUAUUAUUUGGUUCUUGAUGUUACAAGUUUCUUGCCAGAGUAAUUUUGUUGGUAUUCCAAAAUCCUUUGCAGAUGCUUUAGAUGCAGCCACAUCCUCAUAUGUUGUCACGAAAGAAUGGACAAAUUACUUGGAAGAAAGAGGAAUACUAUUCCCAGUUCCUGAAUGUGUCGGGUCUCCUCAAUAUCCACCCUUCAUCAACAUUUCUAGAAAUUACAUUAAUAUUUGCUUUGACAUGGAGUCCUCCACUCCAUGGAAAGAGAUUUACAUGAAAAGUGGAGAGAUGAUCGCUCGAGCCAUCAAAGAACACUAUCAAUUUUCGAAUUUUACAGCCAAUUUCAAACCUACAAGUAUGGCUAAGGGUUUUUUCAGCACUUUGAAAACGCAAGUUGACACAGGGGUUUGUGACAUUGUCACUUCGUGUGUUAGUUGGAAUGAUGAAAGAAAAGCACAAGUGAAAUUCAAUUGCGCCUACGGGAAGAGUUUUCAAAGUGUGUUAAGGUCAGGAAGAGACAAUUCCACCUCAUUCAAAACUGUGGAUGACUUGAACAAACCUGGCAUGACCAUUGUCGUAUCUCCAGAAACGAUUCAUGACAAAUGGGCUGCUGAAAACCUUAAACAAGCACAACUGGUGAAAAUGGCUGCGAGUUAUGAUGAAAUAUUUCCAAUGAUACAAAGCGGAAAAUAUCACGCCUUUAUAGCUGAUGCUAUCGAUAUUUACCAGUGGUAUUCUCGCAAUAAGAAUAAUUGCAGUGGUUGUAGUGUGAUAGUUUUUGGAGACUCCCAACCUUUUGGUUCUUUCAUCACUAACAAAAUUAUUGAUUCUGGCUCAUGUAUGAGAGGCUCAUUAUCGUCAAUGAUUCUCUUUGUUGCAUUGCAGCUCGUGCUUGUUGUUAUAUGCAAAUAUAUAUAG